UGAUCCAGGAGAAGCAAUGGAAGGUGAUGCGAGACAAAUAUUCCAGGCUGCUGUUGAGUCGGUGAUGCCGAGACCGAUGCUGGAGAGAGAAGUGACGUACAGAAAGGAGACGAGGACUCUGUGUGUGGGGGGCAAGGAGUAUCAGCUGCAGAAGAAUGUGUUUGUUGUUGGCUUUGGUAAAGCGGUCAGCGGUAUGGCGCGAGUUGUGGAGGAAAUGCUGGGUGAUCACAUCGUGAAGGGCAUUAUAAGCAUUCCCAUGGGGGCAACGGAGCAGUUCAAGCAGCUCAAGAAAUAUUUACCAAAUGCGCUGUCACUGUACGAGGGAGCCAAGGAUAACCUCCCAGAUGAGGACUCUCUCAAGGCUGCUGAAGAAAUCCACAAACUGGUGUCAGCAUUGGGAAAGGAUGACAUUCUGAUUGUGCUUAUAACAGGUGGCGGGUCAGCCCUUCUGCCGACCCCGUGUCCACCUAUAACCCUCGAGGAGGAACGGCAGCUGACAUGUUUGUUGUCAGAGAAGGGGGCGACCAUUCAGGAGCUCAACCUCGUCCGCUCCAACAUCGAGGUUCUCAAAGGAGGAGGACUUGCUCUGAAAGCCAGACCAGCCUCAGUGAUAUCUCUCAUCCUGUCUGAUGUGAUUGGAGACCCCCUUGAAUUCAUUGCCAGCGGUCCAACUUCCGUCAGCACCACUAAUGCCAGCCAGUGCAAGCAUCUUUUCAAUAGAUUCGGAAUUACAGACCAGGUUCCCGAGUCGGUCUUUGAAUACCUGGAGGUCAAGAAAAUGUCCAUAACGGCUGACAACUGGCCCUGGGUUCAAAACCUUAUUGCGGACAAUUGA